AUGGACUGGAUUUUCAAAGGAGGCCUUCCAUGGAAUUUCCAGUUUUCUGAAACUAUCUAUUCCUUCAGCUAUAAUGAUCAGUUGGUUGUUUGUUUUAUGACAUUGAACAACUUAGAAAUGUGGUGUUUCGAAAUGAUGGUCCUCUUAUCUCGCCUUCUUCCUAAUCCAAUGCUGGAAACGUCAGUCCUCUCAAUCAGCUUAAACACAAGUGCAUUGACUUACAUGAUUCCGCUUGGACUUGGUGGUGCAGCAAGAGUUUCAAAUGAAUUUGGCGCUAGGCGAUCACGAUUGGCCCGUCCAGCAACAUUUGUUACACUUUUCAUGGUUGCUACUGAAGGAAUUGUGGCCGUUGCUGUCAUUAUAUUGGGUCAAAAAGUUUGGGGUUACUGUUCCACAACAAAGAAAGAAGUUGUGGACUAUGUUGGAGAAAUAUUACCGUGGGUUGCAAUAUCCCACUUUAUUGAUGGAAUUCAAUCCGUGCUUUCAGGUGUUAUACGAGGAGGUGGACAACAGAAAAUUGGGGCUUAUGUUAAUCUAGGAGCUUAUUAUCAAAUGGGAAUUCCUACUGCAGUAUUAUUAGCUUUUGUCCUGGACAUUGGAGGAAAGGGUCUUUGGAUUGGAAUUACAGUGGCCUUGUUUGUGCAAGCAUUAUGUCUUUCAAUCAUAAUCACAUGCACUGACUGGGAGAAAGAAGUGAAGAAAGCUUCUGAUAGAGUGUACAAAACAAUGGCCGCUGCAGAUGCAGUAUAG